CCCAGAACAAUCGUAGUCUAUAUUAGACACUAUUAGUGUAUUCUAUGAUCGUAAUUCGUAGUGUUGUGGUCGUUACUUGUUAAAUAAUACAUUAUUUUUCUUGUAAUUCUUAAGUCGUAAGCUUUAACUUACAAUUCGAAAAUCACUAAAGCGUAUAUAGAACAAUAUUUGCAAUUCGCAUGACCCAUGAUUAAUAAAUUAAAAAAUUUAUUCAACUCUAAAAUGCAUAGGUACCCAAUUUACUGAGAUAGGAGCUCUAUAGUGAGAUGAUGAAUUGAAGUUAAAGGUUUAAUCAGGUUUAUAGCAAUGGGAAAAAUGCAAAAAGACAAAAACAAAGAACCAACUCAUGAUUUAUAUGGAGGCCUUGGCAAAACUUCUAUUCUUAAUAUACUUGUGCCUCGCGAUAUGGUUAGUGUAAUUAUUGGUCGAGGUGGUUCAACAAUUAAUGAAAUUACAGAACAAACACAAUCCAAGAUCAAUAUUAGUAAAACUAAUAUUGUUGGUUCUACGGAGGAAAUAAUAACAAUCAAAGGUAAUCCAGAAAAUUGCACCAAUGCAUGUCGCACAAUUUUGGAAAUCUUGCAACAAAAAGCUUCCGUUGCCGAUAAAAGCGAUAUGACACUGAGAAUUUUAAUUCAUGAGAAUCUUAUAAGUUUAAUAAUUGGGGAAGAGGGUAACACAAUCAGGAAUAUAAUGUCUGACACUGAAACAAAAAUUAAUGUAUCUGGUAUUUCCGACAUUACAAUUGCCAAUAUCAACUACAAAGGUGUAUGUACAGUAGAAGGUUCAAUAGAAAAUAUAUCUAAAGCAGAGGCUCAAAUUAGUGCAAAACUCAGACAAGGUAUUAGAAAUGAUCUACAAUUCAUAGCUAUAAGUAUUAACAUUAAACUGUUAUGUGAAAUAGGAUAUAGAGAUGUUUUGUAUAAAAGGUCAGAGACCACUCCUGCUAUUGAAAAUGAAACAGAAUUUGUGUUACACAUACUUGUGCCCAGCGAUAAAACUCAUGUUAUUAUUGGCGAAAAAGGUGCUAUAAUCAAGAAAAUUACCCGAGAGACAAAAGCUUGGAUCAAUAUUAGUAAAACUAAUAGUGUUGGUCCCACGGAGAAAGCAAUAACAAUCAAAGGUAAUCCAGAAAAUUGCACCAAUGCAUGUCGCACAAUUUUGGAAAUCUUGCAACAAAAAGCUUCCGUUGCCGAUAAAAGCGAUAUGACACUGAGAAUUUUAAUUCAUGAGAAUCUUAUAAGUUUAAUAAUUGGGGAAGAGGGUAACACAAUCAGGAAUAUAAUGUCUGACACUGAAACAAAAAUUAAUGUAUCUGGUAUUUCCGACAUUACAAUUGCCAAUAUCAACUACAAAGGUGUAUGUACAGUAGAAGGUUCAAUAGAAAAUAUAUCUAAAGCAGAGGCUCAAAUUAGUGCAAAACUCAGACAAGGUAUUGGAAAUGAUCUACAAUUCAUAGCUAUAAGUAUUAACAUUAAACUGUUAUGUGAAAUAGGAUAUAGAGAUGUUUUGUAUAAAAGGUCAGAGACCACUCCUGCUAUUGAAAAUGAAACAGAAUUUGUGUUACACAUACUUGUGCCCAGCGAUAAAACUCAUGUUAUUAUUGGCGAAAAAGGUGCUAUAAUCAAGAAAAUUACCCGAGAGACAAAAGCUUGGAUCAAUAUUAGUAAAACUAAUAGUGUUGGUCCCACGGAGAAAGCAAUAACAAUCAAAGGUAAUCCAGAAAAUUGCACCAAUGCAUGUCGCACAAUUUUGGAAAUCUUGCAACAAAAAGCUUCCGUUGCCGAUAAAAGCGAUAUGAUACUGAGAAUUUUAAUUCAUGAGAAUCUCAUAAGUUUAAUAAUUGGGGAAGAGGGUAACACAAUCAGGAAUAUAAUGUCUGACACUGAAACAAAAAUUAAUGUAUCUGGUAUUUCCGACAUUACAAUUGCCAAUAUCAACUACAAAGGUGUAUGUACAGUAGAAGGUUCAAUAGAAAAUAUAUCUAAAGCAGAGGCUCAAAUUAGUGCAAAACUCAGACAAGGAUAUAGAGAUGUUUUGUAUAAAAGGUCAGAGACCACUCCUGCUAUUGAAAAUGAAACAGAAUUUGUGUUACACAUACUUGUGCCCAGCAAUAAAACUCAUGUUAUUAUUGGCGAAAAAGGUGCUAUAAUCAAGAAAAUUACCCGAGAGACAAAAGCUUGGGUCCAUAUUGAUAAAAAUUAUAGUGUUAGUCCCACGGAGAAAGCAUUAACAAUCAAAGGUAAUCCAGAAAAUUGCACCAAUGCAUGUCGCAAAAUUUUGGAAAUCUUGCAACAAAAUGCGACCAACCCAUGUAUAAGUGAUAUGAUUUUGAAGAUUUUAAUUCAUAAUAAUCUAAUUGGUGUAAUAAUUGGAAAAGGCGGUAAUACGAUGAGGAAAAUUAUGUCAGAGACUGAAACAAAAAUUUAUGUAUCUAGCAUUAGUAACGUCAUAAUUAACAACUUACAUCAUAAGAGAAUAUGUACUGUCAAAGGCUCGAUUGAAAAUAUAUCUAAAGCAGAAGCUCUAAUUAGUGCAAAACUCAGACAAGGUAUUGGAAAUGAUCUACAAUUCAUGGCUAUAAGUAUUAAUAUUCAACUGUUAUGUGAAAUAGGAUUUAGAGAUGUUUUGUAUGAAACCUCAGAGACCAUUCCUGCUAUAGAAAAUGAAACAGAGUUUGAGUUACGUAUGCUUGUGCCCAGCGAUAAAACUCAUGUUAUUAUUGGCAAAAAUGGUGCUGUAAUCAAGAAAAUUACACAAGAGACAAAAGUUCGGAUCCAUAUUGAUAAAAAUAAUAGUGUUGGUCCCACGGAGAAAGCAAUAACAAUCAAAGGUAAACCAGAAAAUUGCACCAAUGCAUGUCGCAAAAUUUUAGAAAUCUUGCAACAAAAAAUGACCAAUUCUCUUUUAAGUGAUAUGAUUAUGAAGAUCUUAAUUCAUAAUAAUCUAAUUGAUAUAAUAAUUGGCGGAGAAGGCGAUACAAUCAGAAAAAUUAUGUCAGAGACUAACACAAAUAUUUUUAUACCUAGCAUAACUGAUAUUACAAUGGAUAGUUUCAAUUAUGAAAGAAUAUUUACUAUUAAAGGGUCUAUAGAAAAUAUAUGUAAAGCACAGGCUCAAAUUAGUGAAAAGAUUAGUCAAGGAUUUGGAAAAAUGUCUCACUACAAAUUAAUAAGAGUAAAGCCUGAGAUGACAAAUAAGAAGUAUAAAUUGCUCAUAGUUGGCCUCUCAUAUGUCGGGAAAAGUUCUAUCAUUAAAAGAUACUGUCAAGAAGUUUAUCAGAACACUUAUCAACCCACUUUAGGUAUGGACAUUCAUCCAAUAUUUAUCAGAUUUAAGAACGAAACCAUCCACUUAGAAAACCGGGACAUGGCUGGGACAGAAAAACAUUGCACUUUAGAAAAUUCGUAUAGAGGAGUCCAUGGUAUUUGUAUUGUGUAUGACAUUACAAAUUUAAAUUCUUUAAUUCAAUUAGAUGAUUGGAUAAAACAUAUUGAAACUUUUGCUGAUCCGAACACAGUGAAAAUUUUGAUUGGUAGUAAAUGUGAUGAUACAUCAAACAGAAUGAUCUCAAUCAAAGAAGGACAGAUAGUAUCAAAAAAGUAUGGAAUUCUUUUUUUUGAAGUGUCUUCAAAAACCAAUGCAAAUAUAGACAAGUUAUUCUACACAAUGAUUUCAAAAAUACACGAUCUCCAGAAUCAACCUACAAACAUUAAAGAAGAGUUAGACAGUAUAAAUGUCAUACACAAACCCAUGUUAGAUUCUGAUAUAAAACCAAAUACAAUACUGGAACAGUGUCCUAUAAUUAAAAAGGAAUUAGUGAAAUUACCCGAGGUCCCGAACAUACAAUCACAGUUCCAUGACCAAGAGCCCAAAGAGCACAACCAAUUGAUAAAAAUAAACUCUGACGUAACAGAUGAGAGUUAUAAAUUAAUUAUAGUUGGCCCCUCGGGUGUUGGAAAAAGUUCUAUAAUUAAAAGGUUCUUCAAAGGUGUGUACAGUGAAGAUGAUUCUAGUGCAACAAUAAUAGGUAUUGACUUUCAACAGUCUGUUGUGAAGUUUAAAAACAAAUUCAUCAAAUUACAAUUUUGGGACACAGCUGGAACAGAGAAAUAUCGUUCUUUAACCACCUCAUAUUAUAGAGGAGCCCAUGGUGUAUUCAUUGUCUAUGAUGUUACAGAUGUAAAAUCUUUUCAUUCACUACGUAACUGGAUUGACGAUGUUAUAACUUUUGCUGAUCCAACUAUAGUGAAAAUUUUGGUUGGUAAUAAAUGUGAUGAUACAUUAAACAGAGAGAUCUCAAUCGAACAUGGUCUAAGGGAAUCAGAAAAGUAUGGAAUUCAUUUUUUUGAAGCGUCUUCAAAAACCAAUGCAAAUAUAGAUAAGUUAUUCUACACAAUGAUUUCAAAAAUACAUGAUCUCCAGAGGCAAGCUACAAACAAUAUGAUUUUAGAACUUUAUAAACCCCAAGAACAGCCAACACAAAAUUCUCAGUCUACUCAGAAUGUGAUAAAACUGAAAUCUACCACUUUUGAAAAUGCUAAAACGAUGGAAAAGAAGGACAAUGAUAGUUGCAGUUGUUAAUGUAAGAAAUAUAAAAUUGUUUUAAAAAUUACAUAUUUUGUAUGGUAAUAACAUUUUUACAAAUAUGAAUUGAUUUUUGUUUUAUAAUAAAAUGAGUCAUGCUCAUAUUUGAACUCUGAAUGAUUGAUAUUAUUGAUAUUAUAAAUUUGUGUAUUCUAUAAUCUAUAUAUUAUAAUUAAAAUAAGUAAAUAUACUAUUUUUAAUUUUAUAGUA